AUGUGGACGGGUGUGGAAGAUCAUGUCCCAUUAUCAUUAUCCUGCGACAGCCAGGACGCUCCUGCAGCCAGACAGAACCUCCUCAUCGAAGCGUGGCUGCGGGACCUGAUCUUGCCUGCUGCCCUGGCCCCGCCGCAACCGUUGCCAGCGGAGCGAUCCGGCACAAAGAGAAAGAGACCACAGCAUUCUCCUGUCCUCGGGGAGAUGGAUCGCAACGUGCGCAAGAUGCCCCCCGCUGAUUCAGCCAUCGACAUCGAGAUGGGUGAAACGAGCGCGCCAAAGACACCCACCUCAUCCCCCACAAAGCCAAAGAUCGCGCCAGGCGACGGCAAGGGCCAAGACAAGACUAAGAGGAGGCAGAGGGAGGACAACGCGGAUGAUAGAGAAGACGAAGCCCAAUCCAGGGCACACGACGAACCCUCCGACGAUGGCGAAUCAAAUACCCCCCGGCCCUCACACGAAGCACAGCGGCAGCGACUGCGAGCGCCAGGUGGACCGUCCCAACGCGACCAGCCGCAGGGCAGCCCGACGAGGCGGCUAACUCGCUCGCGGAGACAAGCACAAUCCGAUACUGAAUCCACACGCGAGGACCCCCAACAAGCUCAGGCCAUACACUACAUAGGCGUCCUCCGGCAAGCGCCUCCGUUACCACCGCCCGAGUCCAGAGUGGUCUCUCGAACACCUUCCGAGUUCACGACCACAUCAACUGCGACUGCCAGCACCGCGUCCACACAAGGGAGGCGGCGGGCUAAGAGCCCUGUCAAGAGCCUUGCCGACCUCCCCUAUGCUGAGACACCAGUGUAUGCGCAGUCGCUAACGGACGUCCAAGAGCUGCAGGACGAUACAGCGAGGGAACUCUGCAUCGGCUUGCGGCAGAUUGCAUCGGGCCGACGCGUGGUUCCCGGAUGCCUCAGAGCGCAUGUGGACGCCCAGAUUGAGAGGCUCACUGGCCUUGAAGAGGACGAGCUGGAGGACAAGCACGUGGCAACGAAUGGCGAGGACGACCACGAUACCCUUCUCGCGGAGCUCAGUACCCUCUGCGGCAUCGUGAAGCAAACCAAACGUGCUCUGCAGCCCGGCAGUAAUUUCGCCGAGCCACACUGGAACGAGCGAAUCCACUCCCGCAUUCUCGAGGCCGCGUUAGAGCCGCAGGCAACGAAGGAGCCACAUGUGGCGUUCUUCAAUGUGACCGUGGCUAAGAUUGCCACCGGGUGUAUUCCUGCCGAUGUGAAGGGAGUGGACCUCGAAGCAAAAAUGGUGGACUACUGCAUUGUGCUCUGUGAUGAGGAGGUCCAGAACGCGACUAGGCACACGAUCAGCGCACACCUACACCUACAGUCACAGCCCUCUUCACAGUUCGCCUCACCUCGGCCGGUGCGCUCUAUCAACCAGACUGAAUACACCCCGCUGCACUUAUGUCCCAUCUCGGUCAGUAUCGAAACUAAGAGAUCGGGCGGCUCUGAGGAUCAGGCGCAGGUGCAGCUGUCGCGUUCGCGGGGAUGGAAUAUCAAGUUCUUUAUCGGUAAGGAUGCCUUUGCUGGCAUCUACCAACGCGAUCACCUCCUCACCAUCGGCGACGUGGCUCGCGACCUCGAGCUGUGCGUCGUGUUCAAGGAGAUGGGCGACAAUGACGACGAAUGGCGCCCUACGCUGCUACCACGCAGGCGGUCGAACGAAACAGUUGACGAUACCCCACACGUACCCAUCCUACUCGACAAGACCAACACGCAGCCGUUCCCCGAUCCUUCCUCGUCCGGCAUCACGAAUUAUAAUUUCUUCUUCCACUCUACCCGGCACUGCAACAUACCCGACGGGCAACCCCAUGGCUUGGGAAGUCCCUGCUGCCACAAGCCCCCUCUGCCCAUGCGGCGAUACGAUGCGCGGUACGCGCCUAUCAACAAGCCUUCCAGUACCAGCUGCAAGCUCAUUAUGGCGCCAGUCCGGAGCGCCAAAAGCCUGAAGCGAAGAAGCAGCUCCUCGCCGUCGCUCUCGCGGAACCCAAGCGUGGCAUCCUCUCAGAGCGCAGAUGACCCCGACCCGAGCGUGGAGGACGGAGAGAUCCCGGUCUCCGUGAUACCAGCAGCGACUGGCCGAUCGAUCAUCAGGUCCUUCCGACCUAGUGUGAUCAGUGCGACAUCCAGCUGCGCCAUUAGCGGUACGGGCAGGUCCUGGAUCGAAGCGCUGCCAGGCACAGGCCUUGAAGCAGCACAUAUUGUCCCACAAGUUCACUGGUCGGUAUAUCCGAUCAGUGACGCGCCCAGGCUGGCCAACAGGGAGCUGAGUAUCGAGGACCGACCAGAGCUCGAGAUGGCGUGGAGGCGGACAUGGAUGGCCUCGAACGGGCUGCCUUUGAUGAGCCACCUGCACAAAUGCUUUGAGGCGCGCCUCAUCUCCAUACAUCCCCAGACGCACAAAAUUCGAGCUUGGGUCGACUACAACGUGAUCACCCCGUUCCACGGCCAACAAGCCCAUCUGCCUGACCUUGACACGGACCCUGAUGCUUUACAACACCACUAUGAUAUGUGCUGCCUGGAGAAUAUGAUCGCCGCGUGGAUUCCCGAUGCAGCCAUGCCACUAGGUCGUGACGAACACCCCGUCGCACCACACCAAGCCGCGGGCGCUGCAGACGUGCAAGACGAACCCCCAGACACUCGCAGUGCCCGCGCGCACAACGCCCCGACCCCACAGACGUCUACUUCCGGAAUAUCUGCCUCUGGCUACACAGUCCAUCCUCCGUCGCCGCCGUGUAGUAACACUGGUAGCUCCAAAUGGAUGUGCGGGGCCGAGCUAAUCGAUGAUCCAAAGGAAGCUGCGGCGCUUCUCGCGAACGGCUGGCUUCUUCAGGAGGUCGCCGAUUCAGAUGAAGCCAGUGAUGGCGAGGAGCGAGGUCGCUCACGGAAGAGACGGCGUUGCACAUGGACAGAUGAACCCGACGAUGAAGAUGACCAAGCACGGAAGAGACGCUAUUUACCAGGAGCCGACGUCUCACCAGAUAGCAGCCCAGUUGUUGGACAAGGGUUGUAA